AUGGCCUCUACCGCUUUAGAGGACGAAUGGAUUUAUCUGUUGUCCGAGGAAGAGUUACCAAACGAAUUGAUCCGGAGAUCUCUCGAUCCAACGGGUGAUCCGGAAAAACAACGGAAACGCUUGUUAUUAUAUUCGCGUUACGUGCGUGGAGAAAUAAAUUCAAUGCACCCCGAAAGACCUUCAGAACCUCUUGCAGGUGCGCAAUUAUUGCAACCCCCACCUGACGCUCAGGAAAGUCCCCAGUCGACUAAUGUCCCUGUGACCCCUGACGAUCACAAUCCUGCACAGGAGCAAGGAGAAGAGAUACGUGACCUCCACCCCGCGAUGCCUACCCGAGAACUUCCGCUAAUCACCCCAGGACCACCCGCCCCGAUGCAACCAGCACCUCUCGUACCGUCUCCUCCGAUACCUCAGAUAGAAUCACCUCGAGAAUCUGCCCAUACCGUACCGCGCGAUUCCCUCCAUCAGUAUCGUCUCGAGCCCUCCCACGAAUUUUCCCCAUGGCGCGACCGAUUUGGAGAUCCGAACUUGCAAUUUGCCCUACGGGAAGAAAUUAGGAGACGCACCCAAGGCGAAAAUGAACCUGUAGCCGACUAUCUGACUUAUAUGCUUAGGCGCGACGAAAUCGAACGUCUCGAGGAUCUAGAACACCUCACUCGUCGUCUAGAAGUGAAUUUCCGUAUCGCCUCCAAGUACCAAGCUCCUCCGACCCCGGAGCAAUCCUUGCUUCCGGAAUUAUCGUAUCGUGGCCCUCGAAAUAGAUUGCGUUCCGCCCUCGCAACCUUGGCACACCUAACGUUUGAGGACGAGAGUAACAAUGACUCUCCUCAAAGUCUAAACGCGACGCAACAACCGUCGCCGCGACCUAAUCAGUCCCCUUCCGCUAACGUAGGAACUAGGAACAGGGAACGAGGAACCAACUCGCGUACCCCACACCCUAACGAUGCUAGGACUAAUCGUCCUUCUGCCAGGACUGACCUUCGAGAGUUACCAGAGGGUAAUAUCCCAACCGUUACUUCUACCUCGAACAAUCCGUUUUUGCCGGUCAAUCAAGCCGUCGCUUCUGCCCCUCGACCAAUUAGAUGUCACAACUGUAAGCAGGUGGGACAUCGUUUUAACGAUUGCCCCGGACCUUUAGGACACUCAAUACGCGCAUCGUUUGAUUGCGGUUCAUCAGGAACUUUCCUAGGAUCGGAAGCUAUCUCUCUCGUAGAGUCACUAGGGUUAUCAUGUCAACAAUCUCGUUCCGGACCAGUAAAAAUGGCCGCGGGUCAAAAAAGUCCAGCGACUUUGGAAGUCGUCUUGCCAGUAGAUUUACAGGGAAUCACCCGCGAAAUUAAAGCCCACGUUUUACCGUCCUUGAGUUUUCUAUGCAUAGUUGGUUUGGAUUUCAUCCGUGCAUUCGACAUCGUGGCAGAUUUUACCGCGUCCGAAUGGCACACUAAAACCAUUUCGUUCGUAAACUUUGCAUUCGCGUCUGAUUAUCGUAUCGAUUCCCCGACCGCCUGUAACGGAAUCUUAGCCUUGACCAGUGCACAGGCUACCGAGUUAAACACCGUGCUCGAUGCCGAAAUACCCCCUUCACCUACAACCGUAGGCGUCACAAGUUUGGCCCAACAUCACAUCGAUGUAACCAAUCACCCGGCGAUUAGACAAAGAGCCUUUCGCGUCUCUCCUAAGAUUCAAGAAGCCAUCGACGCUGAGGUAGAUAAAAUGCUCGCGGACGGAAUUAUAGAACCAUCCCAUAGUGAAUGGGCCAGUCCCGUUGUGAUGGUUAAAAAACCCGAUGGCUCAUAUCGGUUUUGUAUAGAUUUCCGCCAAGUAAAUACCGUUUCGAAGAAAGAUGCGUAUCCUCUACCACGUAUGGAUGGAAUACUAGACAAGAUACGUUCUGCGCGAUAUAUCUUCACCGUGAAUCUAAGUCAAGCGUACUUUCAAAUUCCCCUGGCUAAAGAAAGCCGAGAAGUCACUGCCUUUAUCGUACCGGGAAAAGGCUUGUUUCAUUUUACGCGUAUGCCGUACGGAUUAACCGGUGCCCCGGCAACCUUCCAACGUCUGGUCGAUCGACUGAUAGGACCGGAAAUGGAACCCUAUGCGUUCGCGUACCUGGAUGACAUCAUUAUCACCACCACCACGUUUGAGAAACACCUCGAGUGGCUACGCCACGUUCUCCGUGCCAUCGACCGCGCCGGGUUAACCAUAAAUAGAGACAAAUGUGAAUUCUGUUGCUCUCGCGUAAAGUAUCUCGGAUUCAUCGUGACCGGACAUGGACUCCAAGUUGACCCGGACAAAGUCCCCCCCGUCGUGGAAUAUCCCGUGCCGUGUAAUGUUAAACAAAUACGACGAUUUCUCGGCAUGGCGUCAUGGUAUAGACGGUUCAUCCCAGACUUUGCGACCAUCACCGAGCCCCUCACGCGACUGCUAAAGGAAACCCAGCUCUAG